AUGGGGCAUCACUCUUGCUGCAACAAGCAGAAGGUCAAAAGAGGCCUUUGGUCACCAGAAGAAGAUGAAAAACUCAUCAACUACAUCACCACCUAUGGCCAUGGUUGUUGGAGUUCUGUCCCUAAACUUGCAGGGUUGCAGAGGUGUGGAAAGAGUUGCAGAUUAAGAUGGAUCAAUUAUCUAAGACCUGAUUUGAAACGUGGAAGCUUCUCUCCUCAAGAAGCAGCUCUCAUUAUUGACCUCCAUAGCAUUCUAGGCAACAGGUGGGCUCAGAUUGCAAAGCACCUACCUGGAAGAACAGAUAAUGAGGUGAAAAACUUUUGGAAUUCAAGCAUAAAGAAGAAGCUUCUUUCCCAUGAUGUUCUUGUUCCUUCUUUGGCCACAUUUUCUGAUCAUCAUCAUCAUGGCCUUAUUGCCAAUAAUAGUGGUUCUUCCUUAGAAAGUUUCUUCCCUGAAAACCCUAUCCUAAACCCUCAGCUAUACCUUCCAAUAAUCCCAUCCUCAAUCCUUCAAGUUUUUGAUCAACAAAACGUUAUUGAUAUCAAGCAGCAGCAGCUUGAUAACAAUAAUGGCAACAACUUCCACCACAUUCUUCAUCAGAAUCCAAUGCCUGCAGAAACAGUAGUAGUACCAUCCAUGAAUACUACUGUGAAUCCAUCAUCUUUGUAUGAAGAUACUUGGUCAUCAUCAUCAUUUGGAUGUGUGCUACCUCUUCAAGAAGAUCAUCAUCAUCAUCAGAUUUCCAAAAAUAGUAGUGAUCAUGAUAUUGCCAUCACUGCCACCCCAUCAAACUAUAUUAUUGAUAAACUCAUCAUCAAUAAUCCAGUUAGUACUACAUGGCAGCAGCAUUUUGAUCUUCAUCACUUGAUGGAACCAAUUGUGCCAAAAAUCUCUGAUAUUAAUAACACCAACAUCAUUGAGGAUUAUAUUUGUGGCUUACCAUAUUCACCUGCUUCAUCAUCACAACAAGAUCCUCUUGCUAGAAUCCACUGUUACACUACUACUACUACUACUACUACACCUGCUUCUGCUGCUGUUAUUUGUCCACAAGAUCAAGCAACUCUUCUGGCUGCAAAUCAUCAUCAAUUGGAACAACAACACAUUGAUAAUAAUAAUAAUAAUAAUUCCCUCAUCAUUCCAUCAUCAUUGCCAUCAUCAACAUCUUCUUCAUCAGCAUCACUCUAUCAAGCAGAUCACAUUUAGUAUCAUUUUCCUUCUAGUAGCUUUAAUUAAUUAAUUAAGCAAGCUUAUUAUUAUUAUGUGUACAUAUUAUUGAGUAAGCAGCAGCAGUAGUAGUAGUAGUAGUAGUAGUAGUGAUGAUGAGGUAAAUUAGUUCCAUGCAUACAUUAUUUUAAGGCGAAAAAAGAAAAAAGAGAUGUGAUGCAUUUAAUAAAUAUUAGAGGGGAGAGAGUAUAUAGAUAGAUAGAUAGAGGGAGUGUCUCUAUCUGUCAAUGGUAAACAUGAGUGAUGCUAGUUUUGAGGGUCUUCCAUUAUAAGUGAUGUGCUUGCUUUGAA